AGCCUCAACCUACCAUAGAGUGGACGUCAAUUUCAUCCAUUCACAGAAUUACCGACUCUUUUAGAAGAUUUAACAAACUUGAAGGCCUUAUUCGCAAUUGAUUCAGUAAAAAUAUAUAUUUUCGACAAAAAUUUUCUCUCUUCGUUAAAAGUUUGACUUCCAUGAUUUAUCCCAAAGUCUCCUAAGCUAGAAGGGAUCGGAUUCUAACAUUUUCCGAGCUCCGAUUCAUCCUUGUGCAGGACAACAGUGACCUCUCCUUGAUGCAGUUUUGAUUCUACAAAGCAUCGGAGUUUAUUUGAUUCUUUCAGCAUCACAAUGAUGCAUCCAGACGGCAAGAAACUUCUGCUGCUUCUAUUUUUAUUUGUUUUUGUAUCCAUUGGGAACACUGACGCGAACUCUCAGUAUGAGAUCUCACAUAAAGUAAGAACUGCUCCUCACGGAAACAUGGGACGGAAUGUUAUAAUAGACGGAAGUGGUGUAGAGAAAACUUUACAUGACAUUGGAAUGGGUGAUAAGAGAGGCAGUCACAACAAAGUUUCAGUCUCAACUGUUGCGUUGUUCACCUUGGCAAUGGCUGCUGCCACCGGGUUAGGUGCGGUUCCCUUCUUCUUUGUCGAGCUUGAUCCUCAAUGGGCUGGGAUAUGUAAUGGAAUGGCGGCUGGUGUGAUGUUGGCUGCUAGCUUUGAUCUUGUAAAGGAGGGUCAGGAGCAUGGUUCUGGAAACUGGGUUGUGAUUGGGAUUCUAGCUGGUGCGUUGUUCAUUUGGCUCUGCAAGCAGUUUCUUGAACAAUAUGGUGAGGUUAGCAUGCUGGAUAUCAAAGGUGCAGAUGCAGCCAAAGUUGUUCUCGUCAUAGGAAUCAUGACACUUCAUUCUUUCGGGGAGGGAUCAGGGGUUGGUGUAUCCUUUGCUGGUUCAAAGGGUUUUAGUCAAGGGCUUCUAGUCACUUUAGCCAUAGCCGUUCAUAAUAUUCCAGAAGGGUUGGCUGUUAGCAUGGUGUUGGCAUCAAGGGGUGUCUCUCCACAAAAUGCCAUGCUCUGGAGUAUAAUCACAUCUUUACCUCAGCCUAUCGUCGCAGUGCCAGCUUUUCUAUGUGCAGAUGCAUUCAGCAAGUUCUUGCCUUUUUGCACUGGAUUUGCUGCUGGAUGUAUGAUUUGGAUGGUUAUUGCUGAAGUGCUUCCUGAUGCAUUCAAGGAAGCGUCUCCGUCGCAAGUAGCAUCUGCAGCCACAAUAUCAGUAGCAUCCAUGGAGGCUUUCAGCACUCUUUUCGAGAAUUUCACACAUGAUUACAACUCAGAGGAUGCAUCUGGCUUCUUUGUUUCACUCCUCUUUGGUCUGGGACCAUUGCUUGGAGGCGUGUUUCUGGUUGCAUCGGCACUCACUUUCCGUCUACAGCACGCUCUCCUCAUGGGAGUAGCAUCAGGCAUUGCCUUCGUCCUCGGUAUCUGGCGUCCGCUUCAACUCCUCCUAUCCGCAAAAAUGGGAUUCAUCCCUCUGGUUAGUCUAUACGCAGUUGGAGCCGUGCUGAGCCAUUUCGCGAGCUUAACCAUCCUGAACAUUACUUGUCGGAAAAAGUCUCGUGCCGGCAGUUUAAUCACCACAGGAACCAAUUUUCCGACCAGUGUGAUAACUCUCCAAUCGUUAUUAGCGUGUGGAGCGGUUGGGCUCCACGCGCUAGCCGAGGGGCUUGCUCUUGGAGUCGCUGCACCGUCGGCUUACGGUCUAGGAAGACACAUGGUGCUCCCUGUUUCCUUACACGGGCUCCCAAGAGGGACAGCUGUUGCGAGCUGUGUCUUUGGAGCUACGGACAGUUGGCACGCAGCUCUUGCAGCAGCAGCUUUGAUCGGUUUUGUGGGACCAGUAUCUGCCAUAGGAUCAAUUCUAGCCGGGAUAGAUUACAGUGGACUGGAUCACGUGAUGAUGGUUGCGUGCGGUGCGUUGCUGCCCAGCUUCUGGCAGGUGAUUCAGAGAGCGGUGAGGCUGGAGAGAAAGAAAGGCAUUGUGGGGAUGGUGCUGGGAGUAGCGUGUGCCGUUGUGUGUCUGACUUUCACUAGACUUGUCUGCUUGCACACUCCUUACUGCAAUUCUGCACCAGAGGCCGUUAGAUGAUUUGAUUCAUUGUGAACACACACACACUUCCCUUUAUCCUAUGUUGUAAGAUAUAUAUACAUACUCGUGAUACAAACUUUGUCGGAUUUUAUUGUGAAUGGAAAAGUGAGUGUACUGAAUCAA